AUGGUUCCUCACUCCGAGGACAAGGUUUCUCACACUGGGGACAAGGUUACUCAAUCUGAGGACAAAGUUCCACACUCUGAAGACAAGAUUCCUCACUCUGACGACAAGGUUCCUCACUCUGAGGACAAGGUUCCUCACUAUGAGGACAAGGUUCCUCACUCUGAGGACAAGGUUCCUCACUCUGAGGGCAAGGUUCUUCACACUGAGGACAAGUUUCCUCACUCUGUGGGCAUGGUUCCUCACUAGAACGACAAGGGUUGUCACACUGAGGACAAGGUUCCUCACUCUUGGGACAAGGUUCCUCAAACUGAGGAAAAGGUUCCUCACUCUGAGGACAAGGUUCAUCACUCUGAGGACAAGGUUCCUCACUCUGAGAACAAGGUUUCCCACUCUGAGGACAAGGUUCCUCGCUCUGGGAAGAAGGUGUUUCACACUGUGGACAAUGUUCCUCACUCUGAGAACAAGGAUCCUCACUCAGAGGACCAGGUUUUUCACACUGAGGACAAGGUUCCUCACACUGAGGACAAGGUUCCUCACUCUGAGACAAAGGUUCCUCACACUUAGGACAAGGUUCCUCACUCUGAGACAAAGUUUCCUCACACUUACGACAAGGUUCCUCACUCUGAAAACAAAGUUCCGCACUCUGAGGACAAGGCUCCUCACUCUGAGGACAAGGUUCCUCACUCUGAGGACAAGGUAUCUCCCACUGAGGACAAGGUUCCUCACUCUGAGGACAAGGUUCCUCACUCUGAGGACAAGGUUCCUCACUCUGAAGACAAGGUUCCUCACUCUGAAGACAAGGUUCCUCACUAUGGGGACAAGGUUCGUCACACUGACGAGAAGGUUCCUCACUUUGACGACAACGUUCCUCACACUGAGGAGAAGGUUCCUAACUCUGAGGACACGGUUUCUCACUCUGAAGACAACGGUUGUCACACUGAGGACAAGGUUCCUCACUCUUGGGACAAGGUUCCUCAAACUGAGGACAAGGUUCCUCACUCUGAGGACAAGGUUCAUCACUCUGGGGACAAGGUUCCUAACGCUGAGGAACAGGUUCCUCACCAUGAGGACAAGGUACCGCACCCAGUGGACAAGGUUCCUCACUGUGAGGAGAAGCUUCCUCACUCUGAGGACAAGGUUCCUCGCUCCGAAGGCACGUCCCUCACUCUGAGGACAAGGUUCCUCACUCUGAGGACAAGGUUCCUCACUCUGAGCACAAGGUUCCUCACGCUGUGGACAAGGCUCCUCAGUCUGAGGACAAGCUUCUUCGCACCGAGGACAAGGUUCCUCAGUCUGAGAACAAGGUUCCUCGCACUGAGGACAAGAUUCCUCACUCUGAAGACAAGGUUCCUCACUCUGAGGACAAGGUUCUUCACACUGAGGACAAGGUUGCUCACACUGAGGACAAGGUUCCUCACUCUGAGAACAAGGUUCCUCACUCUGAGGACAAGGUUCCUCACUGUGACGACAAGGUUCCUGACUGUGAGGACAAGGCUCUCCACACUGAGGACAAGGUUCCUCACACUGAGUACAAGGUUGCUGGCUCUGAGGAGGUGCUUCACACUGAGGACGAGGUUCUUCACCCUGAAAACAAGGUUCCUCACUCUGAGGACAAGUUUCCUCACACUGAGAGAAGGUUCCUCACUCUGAGGACAAGGUUUCUCACUCUGAAGACAAGGGUCCUCACUCUGAGGAGAAGGUUCCUCACUCUGAGAACAAGGUUCCUCACUCUGAGGACAAGGUUUAUCACUGUGAGAACAAGGUUCCUAACUCUGAGGACAAGGUUCCUCACGCAGAGGACAAGGUUCCUAACUCUGAGGACAAGGUUUCUCUCACUGAGGACAAGGUUGCUCACUCUGAAGGCAGCUUCCCUCUCUAAGGACAAGGUUCCUCACCCUGAGGAGAAGGUUCUUCACACUGAGGACAAGGUUCCUCACACUGAGGACAAGGUUCCUCACUUUGAAAACAAGGUUCCUCACACUGAGGGCAAGGUUCCUCACUCUGAGAACAAGUUUCCUCAGUCUGAGGACAAGGUUCCUCACUAUGAGGACAAGGGUCCUCACACUGAGGACAAGGUUCCUCACUCUGAGGACAAGGUCCUUCACACUGAGGGGAAGGUUACUCACACUGAGGACAAGGUUCCUCACUCUGAGAACAAGGUUCCCCACUCUGAGGACAAGGUUCCUCGCUCUGAGAAGAAGGUGUUUCACACUGAAGACAAUGUUCCUCACUCUGAGGACAAGGUUCCUCACGCUGAGGACAAGCUUCCUCACUCUGAGGACAAGGCUCCUCACUCGGAGGACAAGGUUCCUCACUCUGAGGACAAGGUCCUUCACACUGAGGGGAAGGUUACUCACACUGAGGACAAGGUUCCUCACUCUGAGAACAAGGUUCCCCACUCUGAGGACAAGGUUCCUCGCUCUGAGAAGAAGGUGUUUCACACUGAAGACAAUGUUCCUCACUCUGAGGACAAGCUUCCUCACUCUGAGGACAAGGCUCCUCACUCGGAGGACAAGGUUCCUCACUUUGAGGACAAGGUUCUUCACACUGAGGGCAAGGUUCCUCACUCUGAAAACAAGGUUCCUCAGUCUGAGAAAAAGGUUCCUCACUCUGAGGACAAGGUGCUUCACACUGAGGACAAUGUUCCUCACUCUGAGAACAAAGUUCCUCACUCUGAGGACAAGGUUCCUCAAUCGGAGGACUAGGUUCCUCACUCUGAGGACAAGGUUGCUCACACUUAGGACAAGGUUCCUCACUCUGAGGACAAGAUUCCUCACUGUGAGCACAAGUUUCUUCAAACUGAGGACAAGGUUCCUCACACUGUGGACGAGGUUCCUCACUAUGAGAACAAGGUUCCUCACACUGAGGACAAGGUUCCUCGCUCUGAGGACAAGGUUCCUCACUCUGAGGGCAAGGUUCCUCAGUCUCAGCGCAAGGUUCCUCACGCUGAGGACAAGGUACCUCACGCUCAGGACGAGGUUCCUCACUCUGAGGACAAGGUUCUUCACACUGAGGACAAGGUUCCUGACACUGAGGACAAGGUUCCUCACUCUGAAAACAAGGUUCCUCACACUGAGGGGAAGGUUCCUCACUCUGUAGACUAGGUUCCUGACUCUGAGGACAAGGUUCAUCACACUGAGGACAAGGUUCCUCACACUGAGGACAAGGUUCCUCACUCUGAGCACAAGGUUCCUCACAAUGAGGAAAAGGUUCCUCGCUCUGAGGAGAAGUUGCUUCACACUGAGGACAAGGUUCUUCACUCUGAAAACAAGGUUCCUCAUUCUGAGGACAAGUUUCGUCACACUGAAGCAAGGUUCCUCACUCUGAGGACAAGGUUCCUCACUCUGAGGAGAAGGGUCCUCCCUCUGAGAAGAAGGUUCCUCACUCUGAAGACAAGGUUCCUCACUCUGGGAACAAAACUUCUCACACUGAGGACAAGGUUCCUCACUCUGAGAACAAGGUUCAUCACUCUGAGGACAAGGUUCCUCACUCCGAAGGCAGGUCCCUCGCCCUGA